GAGCCUUCGUUGGAGCCUGCCUGCUUGGUUAGGACCUCGGAGAGCGCCGGGCGCCGCGACCAGAGGAACCGGAGAAGCGGCCCCAGUCGGGAGGGACUGACGCCUGCUAGCCCGCCUCCCUCCGCACCUUCAGCUUCUCGGGCUGGCUGGCACCUAGUGGCGGCCGAGGAAGUUUUUAAAAUGAAGAAGUUUAAUUUCCGAAAAGUUUUGGACGGCUUAACUGCCUCCUCCCCUGGCAGUGGUAGCAGCAGUGGCAGUAACAGCGGUGGUGGGGCUGGAAGUGGUUCCGUGCACCCAGGAGGGACUGCAGGGGUUCUCAAAGAGGAGAUUCAGGAAACCCUGACUUCAGAGUAUUUCCAGAUUUGCAAGACAGUUCGGCAUGGUUUUCCUUAUCAGCCCACAGCAUUAGCCUUUGAUCCAGUUCAGAAAAUCUUGGCUAUUGGGACAAGAACAGGUGCUAUACGAAUACUCGGGAGACCUGGAGUUGAUUGUUAUUGCCAACAUGAAAGUGGUGCAGCAGUCCUGCAGCUCCAGUUCUUGAUCAAUGAGGGUGCCUUGGUUAGUGCGAGUUCUGAUGAUACACUUCAUUUAUGGAACCUUAGACAAAAAAGGCCAGCUAUUCUUCAUUCUCUUAAAUUUAAUCGAGAACGAAUUACUUACUGUCAUCUACCUUUCCAGAGUAAAUGGCUCUAUGUUGGAACAGAAAGAGGAAAUACACAUAUUGUAAAUAUUGAAUCUUUCAUUCUUUCUGGAUAUGUUAUCAUGUGGAACAAGGCAAUUGAGCUAUCCACAAAGACUCAUCCAGGUCCAGUUGUACAUUUAAGUGAUAGCCCAAGAGAUGAAGGGAAAUUGCUGAUAGGUUAUGAAAAUGGUACUGUAGUAUUCUGGGACUUGAAAUCUAAAAGAGCAGAACUGAGAGUUUAUUAUGAUGAGGCUAUUCAUUCAAUCGAUUGGCAUCAUGAGGGCAAACAAUUCAUGUGCAGUCAUUCAGAUGGUAGCUUGACUUUAUGGAACCUGAAAAGCCCAAGUCGUCCUUUCCAGACUACAAUUCCACAUGGAAAAAGUCAAAGAGAAGGAAGAAAAUCUGAGUCUUGUAAGCCAAUUCUUAAAGUAGAAUACAAGACCUGUAGAAACAGUGAACCAUUCAUAAUAUUUUCUGGUGGAUUGUCCUAUGACAAAGCUUGCAGAAGACCAAGUUUAACCAUCAUGCAUGGAAAAGCAAUUACAGUGCUUGAAAUGGAUCAUCCUAUUGUUGAAUUCCUUACUUUAUGUGAAACGCCCUAUCCAAAUGAAUUUCAAGAACCUUAUGCUGUUGUAGUACUUCUGGAGAAAGAUCUCAUUGUAGUUGAUCUGACACAAAGCAAUUUUCCAAUCUUUGAAAAUCCGUAUCCCAUGGACAUUCAUGAAUCACCAGUUACAUGCACAGCAUACUUUGCUGAUUGCCCACCAGAUCUGAUUCUAGUACUCUACUCUAUAGGAGCCAAGCAUAAAAAACAAGGAUACAGUAAUAAGGAGUGGCCAAUCAGUGGAGGAGCCUGGAACCUUGGAACACAAACAUAUCCAGAAAUUAUUAUUACUGGUCAUGCAGAUGGAUCAAUAAAAUUUUGGGAUGCUUCGGCAAUAACUCUGCAGAUGCUGUAUAAGCUAAAAACUUCAAAAGUGUUUGAAAAACAGAAGGUAGGAGAAGGAAAACCAACAUGUGAAAUUGUAGAGGAAGAUCCAUAUGCCAUUCAGAUGAUUUACUGGUGUCCAGAGAGCAGAAUAUUCUGUGUAUCAGGAGUCUCUGCAUAUGUCAUAAUUUAUAAAUUCAGCAGACAUGAAAUUACAACAGAAAUAGUGUCAUUAGAGGUACGACUUCAGUAUGAUAUUGAAGAUAUUACAACCCCAGAACCAGAAACAAGUCCUCCGUUUCCAGACCUCUCAUCUCAGCUUCCUUCAAGGAGUCUUUCUGGAAGUACUAACACUGUGGCUAGUGAAGGAGGAACAAAGGACAGUAUCCCAUGCCUCAAUGUUAAGACACGACCAGUGAGGAUGCCUCCAGGGUACCAAGCAGAACUUGUUAUUCAGUUGGUGUGGGUGGAUGGUGAGCCUCCCCAACAGAUUACAAGUCUUGCUGUAAGCUCAGCAUAUGGAAUAGUUGCAUUUGGGAACUGCAAUGGGUUGGCUGUGGUGGAUUUUAUACAGAAGACAGUACUGUUAAGCAUGGGGACCAUUGACCUAUAUAGAUCAAGUGACCUAUACCAACGUCAACCACGGUCUCCUCGAAAAAACAAGCAGUUCAUUGCAGACAACUUUUGCAUGCGUGGCCUGUCUAACUUUUAUCCUGAUUUAACGAAACGGAUCCGUACUUCCUAUCAGAGUUUAACUGAGCUAAAUGAUAGUCCCGUUCUGGAACUUGAGCGCUGCAAGUCUCCCACUUCAGAUCAUGUAAACGGACACUGCACAAGUCCAACCUCUCAGAGUUGCAGUUCUGGAAAACGUCUGUCUAGUGCUGAUGUUUCAAAAGUAAAUCGCUGGGGUCCUGGAAGACCACCAUUUCGGAAAGCACAAUCAGCUGCUUGCAUGGAAAUUUCUUUACCAGUCACAGCAGAAGAAAGCCGAGAGAAUUCCUAUAAUCGUUCUAGAAGUUCGAGCAUCUCCAGUAUUGACAAAGAUUCUAAAGAAGCAAUUACAGCACUAUACUUCAUGGAGUCUUUUGCUCGGAAAAAUGACUCUACAGUCUCCCCUUGUUUGUUUGUUGGAACUAGUCUGGGAAUGGUGUUAAUCAUCUCCCUGAACCUACCUUCAGCAGAUGAACAAAGAUUUACAGAACCAGUCAUGGUAUUUCCAAGUGGUACAUUCCUCUCACUGAAAGGAGCUGUGCUAACAUUCUCCUGUAUGGACCGAACUGGUGGAUUAAUGCAACCGCCAUAUGAAGUUUGGAGGGAUCCAAACAACAUAGAUGAAAAUGAAAAAUCUUGGAGAAGGAAACUGAUCAUGAACUACCCCUCUCCAUCCCAAGAAACAGGAGAUCAUCAGUAUACAGUAAUCUGCUCAGAAAAACAAGCCAAAGUCUUCUCACUGCCUUCUCAGACUUGUCUUUAUGUUCAUAACAUCACGGAGACAUCUUUUAUACUGCAAGCAGACGUGGUGGUCAUGUGUAACAGUGCCUGCUUGGCAUGCUUUUGUGCCAAUGGGCAUAUCAUGAUAAUGAGCCUACCUAGUCUUCGCCCAAUGUUGGAUGUUAAUUAUUUGCCACUGACAGACAUGAGGAUAGCACGGACAUUUUGUUUUACCAAUGAAGGCCAAGCGUUAUACCUCGUCUCUCCUACUGAAAUUCAGCGGUUAACAUACAGCCAAGAGAUGUGUGAUAAUCUACAGGACAUGCUAGGAGAUUUGUUUAUUCCCAUAGAGACACCAGAAGCUCAAAAUAGAGGCUUUCUCAAGGGACUCUUUGGUGGAAGUGGACAGACAUUUGACAGAGAAGAGCUCUUUGGGGAAGCUUCAGCAGGAAAAGCAUCGCGCAGCCUUGCACAACACAUUCCUGGCCCAGGUGGUAUAGAAGGAAUGAAAGGUGCGGCCGGAGGGGUGAUGGGAGAGCUGACUCGAGCCCGGAUCGCACUUGAUGAGAGAGGACAGAGGCUAGGAGAGCUGGAGGAGAAAACUGCAGGCAUGAUGACCAGUGCGGAAGCAUUUUCCAAACAUGCACAUGAGUUAAUGCUGAAAUAUAAGGAUAAGAAAUGGUACCAAUUCUAAACUUCUAAAGAAGCUGUUGACUGCUUUGAGAAACCAUUAUUCAGGGAAACCAAAUUUAUUCCCAGCAUCACUAUUCAACUUGCUAGAAGCCAGUUUCUUCUACAAAAUGUUCCAUUACAGUCCAUCUGAAGUUAUCAUAAGGGAAAUUUAUUAGAGACACCGUAUAACCCAAAGGCUGGAAACCUGGUUAAAAUCCCAAGACAUGGCUGAAUUUGCCUUUUCCCAGCGUGGAAUGGAGCUAUCAUCUUGGCAUGUCAUUUGCUAAGGAUUUACAUUUAGGAACUACGGGGAGUCCUGCUGAUUUGAAAAAAUCCUGUACAAACAAAAGCAUUAAUGCACUUAAUGAAAAAAAAUCUUUGCAUGAUAAAUUAACAUCUUAAGAGGAAAAGAAAAAAAAACAAGCAUGUUGUGACAGAAGAAAAAAAGAUUUAUGGUAAACUAUUUUUAUAAAUUGGGCCACACCUGACAAUUUAAAAAACCUGCAUUAGAAGAUAUCAGUGUAUUUCAAGAACAUUUGCCAUACCCAACUGAAAAAGAAAAGAAAACGAGAAUUUUCUUCUCAUCUAUAAUUUUCAUUAUACGAUGACAUUAUUGAAUUCUUAUGGCAAGAGUCUGAUUAAUGUUUCUCUCUCCAUAAUACUUUACAUCAUCAUGGUUAUCAGUCAUAAUUAUUACCAGUAUAUUAAAUUAUUCCUAACACACUUAUUUCCAUUUCUAUCAUCUCCAGAACAAGUUGCUAUUUUCAGUCAUAAACCAGGUAGGGCUCGGUCACCUCAAAGCAUUUUUUCAGUCUGGCUUGUGCUCUGUAGGGGAGUUGAUGAUAAGUUUGGGGAAACUAGAUGAUAGGAACAAUGCAGUCAGCUUUGAGAACUGAUUUCACACACUCUGGUUUCAGUUUCUAAAGUGAUAUAUUUUUAAGGCUCCAUUUGUAUCUUUGUCUGCCAAUUACACAGUAUAUUACUGUUCAAGCCCAGUGGGGUCUUCAAUCCAAAGGUGCUCUUGCAGCCUGACACUCACAGACCAAACUGGUCAUUUUCUUCAGUAUGAUCCAGUAAAACCUCAGUUAAUGUUUCGGGAAAGGGAUUCUGAUUUAUUUCAUUUCUGACUAACAAGGGCUUUCAUUAGUAAAUACUUUUUGGUUCAAUACUUACUACUGAAAAUCUUUAUAAAAUUUUUGCUAUCUUGGCCUUAGUCACCAUCAUGGACAACAGAAAUACAGAGAGAGUUUAAUUAUACAAAAAUCAAUAAUUUUGUCACUCACUGGGCUAUAAGCCACAAACUGUCAGUAGACACCAAACACCUAUUCCUUAUUUAAAACUCUUUUAAAGGUGGAAUAAAGAAUAUCCUUAAUAUGAUAAACGUUCUCUGUCAUAACUCUAACAGUGAACUACUAGAGGCUAAGUGAAUACAUUUGCCAUCAUUAUUUAACAUGAUUCUGGAAGUUAAAAGUCAUAGAAAAUGAAUGCAUGCAGAUUCCAGGACCCAUCCUGUAAUAUGUUGUUCCUUUGAAAAGAAUAUUUUUAAAAAAUUAAUGGGUCUGUCUUACUGAAUUUUGAUUAUUCCAGGUAUUACUGGAUCUGCAUUUGUGUUUAAGAAUUCACAUUUUCCUGAAGUCCAAGUUAUUUUAGUAGCCCAAAAUAGUAUUUAUUUGUGAGGUUUUUUUUAGAUUUUUUUUUAUUAUUAGUGUUUUUUUUUUUUGAAGUGGUACUUUCUUUAAAUGCUCUCAGUAAUUUUGAGAAGAGCAAAGAUGAUAGAGUCAGAAAAUGUAUACCAAGAAACCAUUUCUCAGAGUCCUUGGAUUCUCCUAAUUUCUCAAAAAAGCUUCUCCAUGAAUCUCACCAUUCCUGAGAACAGCCUUAGAGUAACAGAACUUGGAAAUACAAACAUGAUACAUAAGAUUAUACAGUAAAAAUAUUAAACCUGAGAUCAGAGUUUAGAAAACAUUGGCAGCCAUAUUGUAGUACACUAUUUGUACCAUCAGUUUUAAGAACUCACUUUUCUGAUUUUCUGAACAGAUACUUUAUCAUUUCUAUAACUUAAAAAAAAACUAAAAGAGCAAAAUAGUAUUUUAGGAACAAUGAAAUUCAGUCCAAAGUGUCAUCAAAUUCAAUGACUGUCUCUGAAGGCCUCAGUAAGUUUGUAUUUAACUUGUUCUACAUCUGGGUUUCUCAACAAUGUCACUAUUAAUGGAAAAUUCUUCGUUGUGGGACUGCCCUUUACAUUGUAGGAUGGUUAGCAACAACCCUGGCCUCUAUCCACUAGAUGCCAGUAGCAACCCCAGAAUAAAAUAAUGUCUCCAGCCAUUGCCAAAAUUGCUCCCAGUUGAGAGCCACUGUUCUACAUCAUUUAAAGACAGACUAAAUGUGACUAUGUAAUAUAUGUCUUGUAUAAAAUUAAAUACCAUAACUUAAGAAGAUAAAUUAUUACACCCCAAAUUACAUGUGUGGUUCAUAUGCAAUAAAAUACUAUUUUGAGAAAGCUUAUAUGAAUCAGUGAAAAAUAACAAUUACAGAAUAUUUUAAGCAUACAGAGAAAACACGAAAAAGAACAAUAUAGCAUUUUACAGAAGUGCUUAAAACUCUGGCUCUAAUGAAUAGAUAAAACGUUUAUAAUUAGCACAUCAAUUGGAAGUAAACAGGUGCUUCUAAAUGCUUGAAUGAAUAAAUUCUUUUAAGUCGUUUAAAUAUGUCUUUCAAUAUAAUUUUUAUAAACCCUUUCUUAAUGUAAGGGUAACUUCAUCUCCCAAACUCCUGAUUAGUGGAAUACAAAUCAAUGAGGUUUUACUGCAUCAGAAUUAUUUUUAUAAUUCAAAGAGACAGCAAUAACAAGAAUCUAAUGUGGAUGCGAUUUUUCUCUUUGAAUAUUUCCGUUCUGUUACACUGACGUGUGUGCGCGCGCGCACGUACACACACACACACACACACACACACCAUCACAACCACCACCACAACCUUAUCAUCAUCAUCUUUGGAAAAUGAGUACUGUUGAUCCAUGUAAUUCUUUACACCUCUAUUCUCUACUAUUUAAAUGUCUUGCCUCUAUCUUGGAACACAAAAAAAUACUCUUAGUAACUUGGACAAUGAUAGAAAAAAUGACUGAGCCUUAGUAGUCAUCAAAAUUACAUUAUAUCUGCUAUGGGGGCAUCAGAAGAUAAAGUUUGAAAACCACAGCCUCUUAAGUUGACCUCAUCUCCUUAUGAAUCCUUCAGGAGAUAAGCCCUUCUUACUGUCCCACAAGAAAAUGGGGCUUUGUGUUCUAUUCACCAAUAAGAAGCUAUAAGUGUUUGUUUUCCUGGUUUUAAUAAUGUGAGCAAUAACCCCUACCAUGAAAUCAUCCAUUAACCUUGUUGUAUGGAGGGGAGGAUGAUUGAUUUGUCAUUUAAUCCCCUACAAAAGCAGGACUACUGACUUUCCUUAUACUUGAGACUGAGAGUGCCCCAAUCACUAUUGGGGUCAUUAUCUAACUUUGGAAGAAUAGUGACAGAACUGAGGGAGAUGUUUUCUUAUACUUUAGUCACAAAGACAAUUUGUCAAACCUUUUAUAUAGCCUUGGAGUGAUUCUCAAGUUAAAUCAGAAUACAGUUUUCUAUUCCUCAAAGAUCUUAAAGGAUUAUAAGAGGAAAAGGUUUACUGUUGGAGUCCCUUUUUAUGUGACCCAUGUGUCAAAUAUUAAAUGUACCAUCUAUCUGUUAUUUGUAUUAAGGGAUUACCAGGACUUUGAGAAAGAAAAAAUAGAUUAUGCCCAAGGCUGGUUGGAGAAGAUGAAGAUGAGCUCUUUGAAAUAGUUAUAAAACGUUUGGCAGAAGGGAAAAAUGAAGCAGGUCUAGAAAAGUAAACUAAAAAUACUCUCCUUGGUUUAGGAUCAUUGGGACAACCCACCAGUAUAUCUGUGUGAUUAAGUCUGGCCCAAUGGAAAGACAUUAGAACUUGACCACUUUCAGAGACGGCAAUGCCGAAAGGAGUCAGACACUUCUAUCAGGCCUUGCUGUGCUUCAGGAGAAAAGUGGUAGCCUUCACAGCUUUCUCACCUAUGUCCUCUAUUACACCAACCCCAUUACUGACUACAUACUACUUCACAUACACACUGAUCCAGGCGCCAGAAACACUCUGGUAAGUCAUGUAUUCUGGAUGGCUCAUUCCAGGGAGUAUAGUGGUUGUGUAGAAAGUUUAGUGUACAUAUUUGCAUACAAAAUAGCCCUAGAAGGACAAAAUACAGAAUACUUGGGAAAGUGAGAGGAAGUGCCAGUUUGGUACAAGAGGGUUGGGGUGGGGAGGGACAUGGGAGCCAGAGUUAAGUGGAAGAAAUUUUGAUGAGAAACCAGAGGCACAGAUGGCUGCUUUUAUUUAUGUAUUUACAUAGGGAACUGAGUCUCAACCUUGGCUGUACAACAGAAUCACCUAAGGAGCUUUUAAAAUUCCCAGUUAUAUCAAAAUCUCUCAGAGUGGGAACCAAACGUGUAAUUUUGAAAGCCCUCAACAUGGUUCCAAUGUUAGCCAACAUUGACAAACACAGCUUUACGGCCGAUUAAGGAAGAAACAUUUGUCUACCUUGGCUGGUAUCCAAGCCCCACUUCUGAUGGGUCAGGGAAGACAACAUGUAAGAGAUAUAAUGUUGUCUGGAUUGAUAAUUAUUGUGUUGAAACCCAAAACAAAUGUUCUGUGCAAAUUUCUGACCAGGGAAGGCCCCAUUAAUUUUAAAUAAGUCUGUCUUUGUGAUUUUCUCCCAUGUGACUUGGCCAUUAAUUAUUCCAAUUCAAACAUCUAGGUUUUGAUUGUCUUAUACAUGUGACAUCACAAGACACCAGAAGAAAAAUAAGAAAUUCAACAGUAUGUAAAGCUAAGUGGAAACUAAUUCUUAGUAAUAGGAUAGUGGAAAUUAAAACAAUCAUUUACUAAAUCAGGUCCAAAUUUAUUAUUCAUUCUUCAUUUGGAGGAGACAUAGGUACUAGGUACCUUUUCUGCAUAGUUGGACAAGAUCUUAGCAAGAAGGAAGAGCAGUUCCUUUUUUGAUUGCUGGCUUAGCUCCCAGGGCCACUUGGAUUUAUUUUCUUGGUUAUUGGAUUCAUGUUUAAAGGGAGAAGAGUGUCUGUAACUCACUAUCUGUGCCCUGAAAGACUGCUUUCACCUUUAAAAAGGGAGAGUCUGCCUAUCCAAGGCAAUAAUACCUAAUGAGAAAACUUGAGAGUUCUCUCCUCUCAUACUGCUCCCUCUGGUAUUGGCCUAUGCUUCUUAACUGCAAAGCCAGAAAAUAAACUAGGUGGUGGUUAUGGACAAGUGUACACAGAAUCAAAAUCUCUAAUAACCUAUAAUUUUUAGUACUUAAUUAUGUGAUGUUUUAUUCUAGGAAAUAAGAAACAGAUGACAUCAUUGAUGUAUCUUUCUUUCAUCUUCAGAACUUUUGCAUCUUUUCAGAAAAUGACAAAUUACUAUUUUUCUGUUGCACUCAGCAAUUGUGACUAUACUUAAAAUUCUUGUAGUCUGUAGAAAUAUCAAUAAAAUUGUAUAUGUUUGUA